AUGGCCUUUGAUGAAAUUCUACAUCAUGUAGGUGACAGUGGAAGAUUUCAGAUUUUGAUGAUUGUCCUUUUCAACAUUUUAUCUUUGCUGUCAUCCUCUCAUGACUUCAUGGAGAAUUUUACAGCAGCCAUCCCUGAUCAUCACUGCAGAGUAAAUCUUCUGGACAAUCCAAUAACUGAAAUUAAUAUCACCAUGAACUUGACUACUGAAGCUAUGAUGAAGGUCUCCAUCCCAAUGGGCCCAAAUCAGAAACUGGAGCCAUGUCGUCGCUUCCGGCACACCCAGUGGCAAUUCUUAAAUCCCAAUAUAUCAACCUCUAACAUCACCGAGCUGGAGACCGAGCCAUGCCUGGAUGGAUGGACAUAUGACCACAGUGUUUUUACUUCUACCAUCGUCACUGAGUGGAAUUUAGUAUGCGAUUUUCAGUCAUUCAGAUACUAUGCACAAGCCACCUCGUUGGCAGGACAUGUGCUGAUUAGUCCUCUCUCUGGCAUUGUUUCUGACAGGUUUGGAAGGAAGCCAUUGUUGGUGUAUUGUUGCUUAGCCUAUGGGAUUUUGGGCACCUACUGUGCCUUUGUCCCCAAUUUCUCCCUUUACUGUGUUUUGAGAUUCCUGCUUUCUGCCUCCAUGAGUACUGUAAUGAACAGCUCUCUUAUCCUUGUUUUAGAAGAAAUGUCAGUCAAGUGGUGCACCACAGCUGUAAUACUAGGUGGACUGUUCAUGAGUAUUGGUCAGGCUGGGCUUGGAGGACUGGCUUACAUGAUGUCAGACUGGCACAGACUGCAACUUGCUUUUGCCUUACCAUACUUCAUUUUUUCUCUUUUGUUCUGCUUGGGGCCAGAAUCUGCCCGGUGGCUCAUGACCACUGGGAAAAUAGACCGAGCACUAAAGGAACUACAGAAAAUUGCCUCCAUCAAUGGAAAGAAAGACAUUGCACAAAAUCUAACUACUGAGUCUUUGCGAUCUAAAUUUAAGGAAGAUGUGAAUUCAACCAGAAAACAUGCCAAAAUAAAGAACAUCAUUAUUAAUCCGAUCAUGCGUAAAACAAUGCUGUGUUUUUCCAGCGUAAUUUUUGCAGAAAUUUUCAGCUCUUUUGGCAUCUUGUUGGAUAUUCGAAUUUUGGGAAAGAACAUAUUCCUCACCCAGUUUCUCCUGGGAGCAGUAGACAUACCCAGCAAAUUACUCACAUACUUUGCACUAAGGCAUGUAAGACGCCGUCCUUUAACAGCUUAUUUGCUCCUUUCAGUUGGAAGCUGUAUUACCAUCACCAUGUUUCUACCUGAAGAGAUGCAUGUCCUGCGGCUUAUUAUUUUCCUUUUGGCAAAAGGAUCUUAUGCUGCUUCCCUUUGUGUAUUUUCGGUCUACAACCAGGAACUCACACCAACAGCACUCAGGUCAACUCUAGCUGGCAUUUAUAGCAUGGUUUUUCGAUUGGCAGGAAUGCUGUCUGCCCUCGUACUUGUUACAAGAAAUUAUUUUGUACACCUUCCCAUGAUUCUCUAUGGAAUCCUACCCAUAGUAGCAAUAAUCAACGUCUACUUUCUGCCGGAGACCUUUAAUCUUCCAUUUAUUGACGAUAUCAAGGAUAUGGAGAAAAGGAGUGGAUUGAUAAACAAAAGCAUCAGCAAAAAAGAAGAGCAAGACUUCUUGGAAACUACUGAGUGCUAA